AGCCAAAGAAAGGUGAAGCUAAACAAAAGGGUAGCAUGUAGAUAGCAUUUAUUUAAAUAAUAGUGAAAUAUAAGUAAAUACUUAAAUUUUGCAAGUAUUUAUGUGAUACAACAAAGUGAGAUCAAUUGUUGUGACAAUAGUGCGUCCUGUUAGUCAAUAAAAUGAAGCACAAUGCAUCGUGUAAUGGUGGCCAUUAGGAGUAAUAAUUAUGUAUAUUGGCAUACUUACUGUUUUACGAACCAUCAAUGAUACGUCUUAACUCGAACUGCGGUGUGUGUUUGUGUGAAGUUUUAUCUGAACACUAUGUAUACGAGACUGUUUAUAUUAUGUGAGUGAGACAUUUCAACCCAGUGUAAAUAUAACAUUAUCAUGGCCCAGAACCAAGGGGAGGUUCAAGUGACACCGAACCAACCCGUGAAAGAUAAAGAUAUUUACGCGUGCUUGCCAGACAUACGGACCAACGGGCCACUCGGGCCCGACGAACCGUGUCCUGGAGGCGAGGAGUUGAGAUGGUUGCCUGCCCAGGCUACCGACCGCGACUUGGUAAUGUACUUGAGAGCCGCUCGCUCGAUGGCAGCGUUUGCAGGCAUGUGUGACGGAGGAUCUCCAGAUGACGGCUGCGUAGCAGCAAGCCGGGAUGAUACCACUAUCAAUGCUUUAGAUGUCCUACAUGAUUCAGGCUAUGAUCCUGGAAGGGCACUUCAGGCUCUUGUCAAGUGCCCUGUCCCUAAGGGAAUUGAGAAAAAGUGGUCCGAGGAGGAAUCCAAAAGAUUCGUGAAAGGUAUCCGGCAAUUCGGUAAGAAUUUCUAUAAAAUUAAAAAGGACUUAUUACCCCAUAAAGACACUUCUGAGCUAGUUGAGUUCUAUUAUUUGUGGAAAAAGACCCCAGGUGCUAGUAGUAAUAGGCCUCAUAGGCGUCGUCGCCAGGCCUCCUUGAGAAGAGUAAGAAAUACACGGAAUUCUCGCGCGGGAACACCCAAGGAGCCAACACCUGAAGCUACACCUACUGUGCCUGAAACAAAUGGUUCCAGGCCUUCGCCCAACCCCAAAGAAACAGGAGAAAUGAGUUCAGUCACUGAGGAUGAAAACUCAGAAGACGACAGUGACUCUAGAGAUGCGGGAGACUUGGCAAAAGUUGACAAUGGCAGAGUUGACAAUCCUGAAGAUUCACCGAGUAGAAUGAGAACUAGAAAUAAAUCUAAGGAACAAACUACUCCAAAUGGAAAGAAAGGACAAGAUGAAAGUGAUAAUGAUGCAAAAUCUAAGAAACCUGUUAAGCCAAACCCACAAAGUACAAAUAACAAUGUACCUACAGAAAAAGUUUUAUCAUCACCUGUCAGUAAAGAAAUUAAAAAGAAAGUUGUGAACGGUAAAGUUGAUGUUUCUAAAGUUAAAAAGCGUCUUCCAGAUGAUACAAAGCCUGAGGGUAUUAUGGAUGGGGAUGUCCAAAUGAAGAAAAAGAAAGCAGAAGAACCGCCAGAAAGUCCAUCAGAGAGCUUAACUAAUGAUAGCUUUUCUGCAAUGGAUGAAACUGAAAGUCAUGAACCAGAAGCUGAGGCUUGUGACUUCAGUUUUAGUAAACCUGACAAAGAAAAUCAAGAGCAAAAUAAAGAACCUGAACCUGAGCCUCCUAAGCCCAUGGAAUCACAGAUUAAGGCAGAAAUUAAUGAACCUACUAUUAAAGCAGAAAAAGACACAUUGCCUCCAUUAUUCAAAGUGGUACCUGAUAAAGAUGACAGGAAUGCUUUAGACUUGAAAACAGAUUCAAAUCAACAAGGCCCUAAGAAUCUAGAAAAUAUGGAGCCUAGACCACUGUCAUUAUUUUCCAAAACUGAACUUAUUAUACCCAAAGUUACCCCAAUGUCUACAGAUGUUAUAGAAAAGAUUAAAAUAAAAGAAGAAAUAGAUACAGAGGAACAAACACUGAAUUUGCAAAAAGAUGAAUACCCAAAAGAUCCACUUGCACACAAUUUUUCUGGGCAUGUGUUGAGUCAAUCCAGCAAACCUCUGAAUUUAGAAAACUCAAACUUUUUUGUCAAGGAUAAUCAUAUUUAUAAUCCCAAACUCAGUCAUAACAUAAAAAUUGAAGGAGUUCCAAAUAAUAUUUUUAAUCCAGCCAAUAUGACAAAAGACAAUUCAAUCAUAAGAAAUACAAAAGAUUUCACAGGGGGUAUGAUGCCAUCGUUUUCAUAUCCCACAAAUGUUAGUUUUGCCAAUGAUCCUAACAAACAUAAUCCUCAUUUAAAUCCAUUAAAAACUGUCAUAAAAUUAGAGCCAAGAGAUGAAACAAGUGAGAUGAAAAACCAAAACACACCUGAAAUAUUCACAGCUACCAUAUCAGCAAACAACAAAGUAGAUUCCCCAAGUGCUCCAAGAUUAGACUCAAUGCAAAGAAUUAGCCCAUCACCAACAAAUCCUCGCGCUUCUUCUCCACCACACAUGGAACACCCAGUUACUUCAAAUACAGAACCCAUUUCUCCUGCAAAUGCUCAAGAAAUGAAAUCUCAUGAAUCUGAUAUUGAAGACAAACAGCCUGCUGAUUUAAAAACCCAACACACACCUAAAGUUGACAAUCAAAACACUCAUUUGAGGCAACCACUGUUUCAACCACCGAUCAGGCCAGAAAAUCAUGGAGUUAGGUCUAAUGAGGCUUCUAACAUUCCUGUAUCUGGACAAAAUAUGCCACCUCCAGCUCUCAGUCAAUCAUCAAUUACAGGCUUAUUGCCUCCAGGGCCUCUUAUAUCAGUUGGAAGUGGAUCCAAUGUAGGUCCAUAUGGAUUUAUGCCAGCCUCAUUAUAUGGGCACCCUGGUCAUCCAGGCUUAGAUAAACCUGGUUCUAUGCCACCAUUGAUGCAACAAGUACCUCCUUCACAUACUCUUACUGGAACAAGUUUGAUUUCCCAGCAAUCUAACCAAAAUGAUCCAUCCAUGCCUCAAGAUCUCAAAAUUAAACAAGAAGUUCCAGAUAACAUGCCAGCUAACUUAUCAACACAAAAUUUAUCUGAUCCCUUGCAGUCUCUGAAGGAAGUGAAAGUUCCAGGAUAUCCAAUUGGAAGUGCUAUAGCACAACACCUGAGUUCAGAGAGAGAUAGAGAAUCAAUGUCAAGUGUAGAAAAUAACAGCAGACCACCAAGUCAACCUCAAAAUGAAAAUACCAGUAUGCCUAGUGCAUUCCUAGGCCCUCGGAUAGAAAGUAUAAAGAAAGAACCAGAUUUCUUGCACCAACCACAUUUAACACCAGUAUCGCAAAGUCAAGGUAGUGGGCUAGAGUCUACAAAUACUGCUCCUCCUGUGAAGAGUCCACAUACACCUACACCGAUUAAAAGCCAGCCAAGUCAUAAUGGGACUCCCAACCACCCCCACCCUUCAGCGACGACAUCGCCGUUUUCUAGACAUAUGACAAGUCCAUCGCAGCCCCGACAAAUUUCUGCUUCGCCCAUUCAGCAUACGCCGGUGUCUCACUCGGCUCUUAAUUUAAUGAAUCCCACACCUCUUUCAAUACCGGCUACAAUGGCUGGUCCAAUGAUGCAUUCUGGCCAGCAACCUGGUCCACACCCGCACCCAUUUGCAUCACCUUUACACCAUCCUCACCACCCCUUGCUUCACCCAUCUUCGAUAUUCCAGCUGUCUGCAGCAGCAGCUGCACAUGCAAUGCAUCCUUACUACCCCCACCCACACCCAGGAUAUUCUAUGCCGUAUCCAUAUCCAUAUGGACCAUUACCGCAGCCUCACCCAAUACCACCAAUGCACCCUGCAGCAAGUGCACCAGGAAGGCACGACCCAGUGAAACCAUCAACUAUUGAAUCAACAACUAUGCUUAGUGCUCAUCACAGUACCAGUUCAUCUGUAACAACUAGAUCUCUGAGGGAAAUUUCGGAAAGCUCAGAUGAUCCAAGAAAUCCAAGUGCGACAGAACGUCAUCAGCUGCAUGAAACUACAAUGACACAUCAUCACUCAACCAGUCACCACAGUGCCGUGCAUACAAGUACAGAAAAGCAACCCAGCCAUGUUGGAGGAGGGACUAACCAUACCCUCUCCAUAUCUCACUCCACUUCAAGCAGUUCAUCACAGUCUAUCCAGCAUAAAAUUAAUACGCAACAGAAAUCCAGUUCACAUUCUAAUUCACCUCUUCACUUGUCAGCUAGUGUAUCUCAGACAACUAGUAGUUCUGCUAGUGUCAAUGUGACUAACAAUCACACUCACCAUCACUCGCACCACCUCGCUCACCAUCCAGAGCGAUUAUCGCCUGCAGACUCUAUGCUUCUGCGUCAUCACCCGAAAAUGCUGCCCGGAAAUCCAAACCACCUAAUGAUCCAGCCACCAUCUAUGGGACACCCGGGUUUGAGCUUAGGAUUGCCUCCAGGCCCAGGGCCGAGCUCUAUUGAAAGUUUACGAUUGCACGCUCAAGCUGCGGCCGGCUUGCAAGCAUCGCACGGUAGAUCGGGCUCUCCCCAUCAGCUACCCCACGGUCAUCCGCAUCUACGUGGACCGCCGCGUCCGAUACCUGAUGAAAAUCCAGAGUUGAAACUGGAAACUCAAUCACAACCAGAAGAAGAAGAAAUUCCUAGCCCAGCACACAUCCCACAUGGGCCCAGCCCAGAACCAAAAAUUGAAGAUACUGAGUGUCACAGAUCACAAUCUGCGAUAUUUUUAAGGCAUUGGAAUCGUGGAGAUUAUAAUUCAUGCACGCGUACUGAUCUAAUAUUUAAACCAGUGCCAGAAUCUAAGCUCGCUCGAAAACGAGAAGAAAGACUCAGAAAGCAAGCCGAGAGAGACCGAGAGGAAAGAGAGAAAAUAGCCCAACAGGCACACAGAAAGAUAGCGACGCCAGAAAAACCUGAAACGAAGCCGCCUUCUAGAGGUGCUAUUGAGACGAUAAGUUCGCCAUACGACAGGUUCCCGAGACCACCUGGGUAUCCCGACACACCAGCGUUAAGGCAACUGUCAGAAUACGCCCGACCACACGCUGGCUUCAGUCCUGGCAACAUGCCUCGUCACUGCAUGGAUCCAAUGCUCCAAUAUCAGCUGAGUUCCAUGUACGGCGCUGCAGGCGCACGGGAGCGACUCGAACUGGAGCAUCUCGAGCGAGAAAAGAGAGAUAGAGAAAUAAGGGAGCUGCGGGAACGAGAACUAAACGAUCGAUUAAAGGAGGAGCUACUUAAAAAUAAUGUCGGGCCCCGGGCACUAGAUCCGCAUUGGCUCGAAAUGCACAGAAGGUACGGAAUGCCGCCACCGCCGCCCCAGGGUGCUAUUCCCGUACAAUUCGGAUUGUAUCCGCCCGGCCACGGCCCAGCAGCCCUUUCGCAGUUGGAGCGAGAACGAUUGGAACGCCUAGGCAUACCGCCUGCGGGGGCAGGCGGGCCCCCGGUGUCCGUGCCGGUCUCGGGUGCUCCGCCUCACCACCCCCAUCAUCCGCACCCCGGAGUGGCGGCGGCGCAGCUGGAGGCGGCGGAGCGGCUGGCGUUGGCCGCGGACCCCAUGGUGCGCCUGCAGAUGGCGGGCAUCAACCCGGAGUACCACGCGCACACGCACGCCCACACGCACGCGCACUCGCACACGCACCUGCACCUGCACCCGGGGCAACAGGCGGCAGCGCAGGCGCAGCAGGACGCGCUGUCGCUGGGGCUGGGCGCCAACUCACCGUACCGCCCGCUGCCGCACCCCGACCUGCUGAGCCGGCCGUACGCUGAGCAGCUGGCGCAGCAGGCGGCGGCGCACGAGCAGCUGCAGCGCCAGCUGCUGCUGGAGCGCGAGCGCGGCUUCCUGCACCCGGCGCACCACGAGGAGUUCAUGCGCCAGCAGCGCGAGCGCGAGCUGAAGGUGCGGGCGCUGGAGGAGGCGGCGCGCGCCUCGCGGCCGUAGGGGCCCGCGCGCCUCCCGCCCGACCCCGCCGUUGUGGUGAUCGAGUGAGCUGAGGCGCCCCGCUCGGGGGACUGUGUGUAGAGUACGCCGAGUGUUCACGCGCUAGUGUUACGAGAUAGAGAACCAGACGGUUUUAUUUUUACGUGUGACGAUACCUGUAAUUUAUAUUUAUAACUUAAGUAUUUAAGUUUUUUUUAUAAUAUUUUUAUAGUCGCAUGGUCGUGUAGUACGCUUGUUUCCAUGCUCAAAUUUAUUUUGUAAUGACUAGUCAUAAUUAAAUUAUAUUUUGUAGAGAACGGGACGAGAGUCACACGUUAUUACGCAGAGUGCUGUUAGACUAAAUUAUUGUUUUAUAUUUUAAUUAAUGAAUUACUUAAUGAUUAUUAUACAGAUAAAGGGUGCUGGUAAACAUUCUCUGGAAUGGGCCACGCGUCUAUUUACCUUACGAAGUAAACCAUGCAUAUGUUCAUGACAUACUAACAGAGUUAUUGUACUUUUGAAGAGAUUUAAGAUGAACUAGCAACUGUCACUUGCCUUCUAUUCGACUUGCCUUUUUCAUGUACUUGAUCUAUCGUGGAGGAUCUGUCUUUAUUGAUAUAAUAUAAAAGGGUUUAAAAUACAUUGGCCUUGUAUUGCUCCCAUACAUUGAAUGAAAGUGAAACAAAUUAAUUUUUCAAAUCAAUUGAACUAUAAAUUGUUUAAAGUUGUAACAUAUCAAUCUUCAAAACUUGUUAUGGCAGAUCGCAAUCACUUUUAGGGUUCCGUAUCUCUAGAGAAAAA